AUGCCACCAUGGAACUAUUUCCCGGCAAACUUCUCAAGUGGCUAUGAGGGAACUCCCGAAUACAUUGGCUCACCAGUCUCUGUCCCAGGAUCUUCUUUGCUCUCAUACUAUUUCUGUCUUCACUGUGGUAUCCCUCGCAGUACCAAACUGAUCUACGAAGGUAUCUGCGUUUAUUGCCUCGAGUAUGAACAGAAAUACUGUAUCUUCGGUGAACAUGAAGAGAACAGACGCAACUUUAUCGAUCGCCACGGCGUGGAAAAAGUACGCUGCAACAACUGCCGAGAUGAUGAUGAAGAUGUGGACUUGACUGAGAAAAAGGAAGAAAACGAUGCUGAAAGCUCUGAUGAAGAAGAAACUGACAGUGAACUGAGUGAUGUCUCGAAUGAUGUUAUUGAGCUUGAUGCUCCAGCUGAGGCUCAAAAUGAGCCUCAAGUAGCUGUUCAGGCAAUUAAUCAGCCAGAUACCAUCAUCGUUGAUGCCCCAGAGGACAUGCAAAAGGAUCCUCAAGGAGUGGCUCAGACUAACACCAAGACAGACAAUGCCCCGGCAAAUACUCCCAAAGAUGCACAGAAUGAUGCUCAGGGAGUCACUCAGGAGAACCAGGCUGAUCUUGUCCUAGUUGACCUUCAGGGUGAUGCCAUUGUGGUACUUGAUGUCCCCGGGGAUGUCCAGGAUAAUACCAAGGGUGAUUUCCAAGCUGAUCUGCAGGAAAAUAUUCAGGAAAAUUCUCAAGUCGGUGCUCAGGACGAUACUCCAAAGACCAUUGAAGAGAAGACUCCUCCGAAGAAGUCCCCAGAGCCAAAAGCCUUGGAAGAAUCUGUCAAGAUCAAGACUGAGAACGAUGACUCUAUUCAGAUUGCUUUAAAUCGCAUUCCAGUUGUGAUGACCGGUGGUGAUGAUUCCUCGGAUCCUAUUAUUCUUGAUUGA